AUGACCCAAUUAUUCCACCUUUUACUAUACUUCGCGGCACUGGCCAUAGUACCUGGCUGCUGCGACCGGGUGAAUAAGACGUUUACCAAUCCAGUCCUCCCAGGAUGGAACUCAGAUCCUAGCUGUGUUUUCGUGAAGGAGCUUGACAACACCUUCUUUUGCACUACGUCUACCUUCCUCGUAUUCCCUGGUGUUCCCCUAUAUGCAAGCAAGGACCUACAAAACUGGAAGUUGGUGAGCCAUGCGCUGAACAGGCAAGCGCAGCUACCUGAGCUGUCUAGCCGCUCGGGGUCUCAAAUGGAGGGAAUAUGGGCCUCGACCAUCCGGUAUCACGAAGGGAAAUUGCACAUAAUCACGGCAUACAUAAGCUAUAGUGCUAGCUGGGCCCCAAAGAUACUGCUCUUCAGCACUACGGAUCCCUACAACGACACAGCUUGGAGCGACCCUGUACGAGUUGAGAACCCAUCCAAUGAUAUAGACCCCGAUCUUUUCUUUGAUGAUGAUGGCAAGGUCUACAUGGCUGUUGCAGGCGGCAUAUGGAUUAGUGAGAUUGACAUUGCCACAGGAGCGGCUAGUGAGCCGUUUCAGGUUUGGAACGGGACCGGUGAACGAAACCCUGAAGGCCCGCAUCUGAUGAAAAAAGACGGGUAUUAUUACCUGUGGAUAGGCGAGGGCGGAACCGAAACCAACCACACCGUGACCAUAGCUCGGUCGACCGAUAUACACGGGCCAUAUGAGGGAUAUCCAGGAAAUCCCCUUCUGACUGCCAAGAAUACGGAUGAGUAUUUCCAGACAGUUGGUCACGCUGACUUCUUCCAAGACGACGAUGGAAACUGGUGGGGCGCUGCCCUGUCCACGAGAUCAGGACCAGAGUGGGAGAUUUAUCCAAUGGGAAGAGAGACUGUACUGUUCCCCAUGACGUGGGUGUUGGGAAAUUGGCCCACUGCGGAGACCGUCCGAGGCAACAUGACUGGGCCUUUGCCACCACUGAACAAAGAUGUUCCAACAGAAGGCCCAUUUUGGGACGAUGCUGAUGUUGUCGACUUUGCUCCGGGUUCGUCGAUCCCCAAGAACUUUGUCUUUUGGCGGCCACCUAAAAGCAAUCUGUUUGCCAUAUCACCACCCGAUCGUCCGAAUACACUGCAAAUUAACCCAUCCCGAACAAACCUGAGCACAGACGCUAGCUUCGACCCGGCUAUAGAUGGCCUCGGUUUCGUUGCCCGAAAGCAAACGAGCAGCUUGUUUAAGUUCAGCGUUGACCUCGACUUCAGCCCUACAGUGGAGAAUGAGGAGGCAGGAAUAUCAGUUUUCCUUACGGAGGUGCAGCAUAUUGACCUCGGGAUCAUACUUCUGAGUAACGCAAGUGGGUCCCUGGAGUUAAGCCUAAGAUUCCGUGUUGAGGCAUCCGGGAAGCCGAACACAACAGUACCCGAAGAAUCGAUAAUAUUGAUACCUGAUGAUUGGAGUGUUGGAGCAAUACGACUUUCUGUAUACACAUGUGACGAUGGAACUUACGUCCUUUCCGCAUCAUCGACCUCUGACGAAGAUGAUUCGAAAGUAUUGGGAUCCGCUAGUGCAGCAAUCGUGUCAGGAGGCAGUGGACCAUUCACAGGAACGAUUAUUGGAGCAUACGCGACAAGAAAUGGCGGGAAUGGUAGUACCCCCGCAUAUUUUAGUCGAUGGAGAUACGAUCCAGUGGCACAAGAAAUCGCGGCAGGAGAGUUUGUGUAG